AUGAGCUACAGAUGUGAUAGACGUGUUAAGCAUGUGAACCGGAGCAACUUGGGAACUGGGGGCUGCGGACGUUCACUUCGGUUUCAUGCUACCGUUCUCGUGCUAUUGAGAAUACAGUUGAAUGAGCUCAGAUUCGGAAAGAAGAAAGAUGAUAAGGGUGGAAAGCUGGAGCAGAAAGGUGCCCAGAAGCCCGGGAACCUAGGAGAAGAGCUCGAAAGAAUGAGAGAGGAGCGGGAAAGGAUUGGAGCAAAACAUCAGGAGCUAAGGGAAAAACAGGCAAAAGGUCUUGUUGAUUAUGCCACUGGAGCGAUUGGAUCAGUGCAUGAUAUGGAUGAUGAUGAAAUGGAUCCCAAUUAUGCCAGAGUGAACCACUUUCGGGAGCCGUGCACAUCAGCAAAUGUCUUCAGAUCUCCAUCUCCCCCUCGAGCUGGACCACUUGCUUACCCUCGGGAUGGACGUCCACUGUCUCCAGACAGAGACCACUUAGAGGGUCUUUAUGCCAAGGUCAACAAGCCAUAUCAUCCUCCAGCCCUAGCUGACAGUGGCCGUCCCAUGGCUGGAAACACUGACCGCAUCCAGAAACUUCGGAAGGAGUAUUAUCAGGCUCGAAGAGAAGGGUUCCCUUUGUAUGAAGAUGAAGAGGGACGAGGCACGGCCAUCUGA